AUGAGUCCAGCAAAAAAGACGCUCGUUAUUGUCGCUUCUAGCACAAAAGAGACUCAAAUAGAAACAGAUAUCAAGGAUCGCUACGACUCCAAGUUUUUAAGGUUUCGAGGUGUGCCCAAGGGUUUGCUGCCAAUCUCUGGAAGGCCUGCUCUUAGUUGGUGGUAUGAGUAUGCUCAGGAUAGAUUUGAUUGCGUCUAUAUUAUCUCCAAUGCAUACAACUUCAAGCACUUUGAAAGAUGGGCGAGUGCUGUCAAUUUCCCUCGAGAGAAUAUACUCAACAGCGGGUUAAGCUCGGGCAUUUUGCAGGAUCUUGCAUUUGUACACCGAGUGAAGCACAUUCAAAACGACAUUGUGAUUACAGGAGCUGACAUAAUACCUACAGAGGCGAUAUACUACAACCAUUCCGAGCUCUUUGAUGGCAAACGCAACUUUAUCAGAAUGAUGGACGAAAACUCAAUUGCAUUUGGCAUGUCAUUCGAGUUAUUGCAAGGCCUUGACGACUAUAUUGAACAGGUGGCACCUACAGCGGACGCAGAUCAGAGCAGUAGACUGAAACUAUAUAUUAUUACAAAGGCUUACGACGCCUCUGUCAGCAAACUAUCAGCGGAAGACUAUCCUCUGCUCAAUUAUGUCGAUGCCAGCAUUUCGCUGCAGUCUUACUUGGAUACAUGGCAAUUCUGCAAGGACGAUGACUUUAACAAUCGAUGCAAAUCAUUCAAAUUUCAGACUGAACCUCUGCAUAUGAGGGCUUAUGCUCGUGUGGGGUUGAUGGGCAACCCCAGUGACGGGUUCUACGGCAAGACGAUGUCUCUGUUGAUCUCUAACUUCUGGGCAGAAGUGACCUUGAUACCCAACCAUGCCGAUGAUCAAGAAGUAGAGGCCAUCACUAUUCUUCCUAACCCUGUUUCCGAUCCACACAAAUUCUCUUCGCUCGAGUGUCUGGUGGGUGUCUCUCAAAUCGACGGAUACGAGACUGGAGAUCGAUUACUACAGGCUUGUUGCAAGGUGUUUUAUCUGCAUUGCAAAGAGAACAAUAUCCCCAUUAACACCAAACAAGGCUUUCGUAUGAUGUUUGAGACCAACAUUCCUCGUCAAGUGGGCUUAGCUGGCUCCUCUGCUAUUAUCACUGCAUUAUGGAAGAUGUUGAGUUUGUUUUACGGCGUUACUCAAGAACAGAUACCAUUGGAAUUGCAGGCUAGUCUCGUGCUAAAGGUGGAAUGGGAAGAAUUAGGUAUUGCUGCUGGUCUGCAAGACAGAGUGAUCCAGUCAUUUGGCGGUUUGGUUUAUAUGGAUUUUGAUCGCGAGUACAUGGAAAAGCAUGGCCACGGUAAAUACGAAUCUUUGGAUGUUGGACUGCUGCCCAAACUAUGGCUGGCCUAUGUUGCUGAUCCUGAUGAUUCGGGUAAGGUACAUAGUGCUGUCAAACAACGCUUUCUGAAUGGUGAUCAAGAGAUCAUUGAUGCCAUGCAAAAGUUUGCGUCCUUCACUGAGCAAGCUCGCACAUGCUUACAGGAAAACAAUCACAAGGCAUUUGCUCAACUGAUGUCCAACAACUUUAACCUUCGCCGCGAAACAUAUGGCGACGCUGUUGUGGGUGCUUCCAACUUGAGAAUGAUUGAGUUGGCAAGACAGCAUAACUGUGCUGCCAAAUUUCCUGGUAGUGGAGGUGCUAUUGUGGGAAUGUGGAACGGAGAGAAUGCAGAAACUGAAGCCAAGGAUUUGUUACAAUUGCGUAGAGCAUUGGAGAGUGAAGGAUUUGUAUUUUUAGAAAUUACACCAAUGGUAUAUGGCAAUCAGUAG